CUCAUAUUAUUCGUUUGCUGAGUAGAAGUUACUACCACCAUCAAGUGGGGCUCGUUAUCUCACUAGUGCAUUCGAAACACUGCCCUGUUGACUGUUAUCAGCAGAAACAACAAAAGACUGAAAACGGUUCCAAAGUAUUAAGUAGGAUAUAGUGGUUAUCUCUGCGUACAUUGUUGAGCUAAUUGUAAUCAUCCUCAUACAUCUUGCUUGGAAUUGCAUCAGUUAAGUUCGAUUGCUCCAGCUGGUACCGCUGACGAUUCUAUGAACGCCCUUUUCAAGAUGAGUGGCAAACGACAACUCUUUCUGAUGUCCUCCUCCGUCGUGCACGGUUACACGUACCUGCAACAUGCCGAACAGGAUCUUAGCUCCUAUUUAAAAAAAAACAAUGUCAAAAAAGUUCUGUUCAUUCCGUACGCGCUGGCCAACCAUGAUUGUUACACCGAGAAGGUUGGAUCCGUGCUGAAACGGUGGGGUUUCGACUGCGAGGGCGUCCACAGCAAACCGGAUCCGGUGGAAGCGGUACGGGAAGCCCAAGCCAUCUACGUCGGCGGAGGCAAUACGUUUUUGCUGCUGAAAUCCCUGUACGAUUUCGGUCUUGUGGAACCGAUUCGGGAUCGGGUACUUAACCAUUCUGUUCCGUAUGUGGGUAGUUCGGCUGGGACGAAUGUGGCAACGAAGAGCAUCCAAACCACGAACGAUAUGCCAAUUGUGUUCCCGCCGUCGUUUGACGCCCUGGCACUGGUCCCGUUCAAUAUUAAUCCGCACUAUCUGGAUCCGGAGGUGGGCGGAACACACAAAGGUGAAACGCGAGAGGAGAGGAUCUUGCAGUUUCAUGAGCAAAACGACGCACCGGUGCUGGGACUCCGGGAAGGCAGCACCUUGCUGGUGGAUGGCGAUCGGGCAACGUUGAUCGGAACGCGCAAGGCUAGGUUGCUGAGGCGCGGACAGGCACCGGAAGAAUUUGAUGCCGGAGCGGAUUUAAGUUUUCUAUUGAAGCAGUAGUGGAGGUGAACGAAUUGGUAGGUUUAUUUAUGGUUGCAAGAAUAUGAUAGA